UGUGUGUGUGAACUGAGCGGAGGUGAAGAAGAGGAGGACGAAGCUUGGAGCGGAGGAUGGGAGGAAGAGUGGAGUAAGAGAUAGGCUAGCAGUGUGUGAAUGAGUGAGUUAGUGAGGAAGAGGAUAAGAAGGUCGUCCGAGGGGCCGGAAAAAAGAAUACUUGUAUUUUGGGGGACAAGCUCCGGAGCAUUAGUCACGGAAACUUUUAACUUUUUACCCGCCACAGCUCGGCUUGUGCCCGGAGCCGGCUUUGUUUCGCGGCGGGGGUGUCUGAGAUAAAUGAAGGAAUAACACAGAUCCCCGUUGAUGUUUUUUACCCAAGCGGGGAUUACCCUGGGACUGAUUUAGAUAAAAGGUUACAAGAGGAUGGCGGCUAACAUGUACCGAGUUGGAGAUUAUGUUUACUUUGAGAAUUCCUCCAGCAACCCUUACCUGAUACGGAGAAUAGAAGAGCUCAACAAGACAGCCAAUGGAAACGUGGAGGCGAAGGUGGUGUGUCUGUUCAGGAGGAGAGACAUCUCAGGCAACCUCAACACACUGGCUGACAGCAACGCAAGAGAAUUUGAAGAAGAGUCGAAACAGCCGACGCUGGCCGAUCAACAGAAGCACCAGCUCAAACACAGGGAACUCUUUCUGUCCCGACAGUUUGAAUCCUUACCUGCUACUCACAUACGGGGGAAGUGUAACGUCACCCUCCUCAACGAAACAGAUGUCUUGGCUGGUUACCUGGAGAAAGAAGACUGUUUCUUCUACUCGCUGGUGUUCGACCCGGUGCAGAAGACGCUGCUGGCCGACCAGGGGGAGAUCCGAGUGGGCUCUAAAUACCAGGCAGAGAUUCCCGACAAGCUGGGUGAAGAUGAGUCCGAUACUCGGGUUCAGGAGAAGCUGGAGACGAAGGUGUGGGACCCCAGCAACCAGCUCAAAGACUCCCAGAUUGACCAGUUCCUGGUGGUUGCGAGAGCUGUGGGAACGUUUGCUCGGGCCUUGGACUGCAGCAGCUCCAUCCGCCAGCCCAGCCUUCACAUGAGUGCAGCUGCAGCCUCCAGAGACAUAACGCUGUUCCACGCCAUGGACACCUUGCAGAAGAACAGCUAUGACCUGGCCAAAGCCAUGUCCACCCUGGUUCCUCAGGGGGGCCCGGUUCUCUGUCGGGAUGAGAUGGAGGAGUGGAGCGCCUCGGAGGCCAUGCUGUUUGAGGAGGCUCUGGAGAAAUACGGAAAAGACUUCAAUGACAUCCGCCAGGACUUUCUGCCCUGGAAGUCUCUGGCCAGUGUGGUCCAGUUCUACUACAUGUGGAAGACCACUGACCGCUACAUUCAACAGAAACGACUAAAGGCAGCAGAAGCAGACAGCAAGCUCAAGCAGGUGUACAUCCCCACCUACACCAAACCCAACCCGAAUCAGAUCAUGGGACCAGGCAGCAAGCCCGGUAUGAACGGAGCAGCAGGCUUCCAGAAAGGACUCAGCUGUGAGAGCUGCCACACGGCCCAGUCGCCUCAGUGGUAUGCCUGGGGUCCUCCGAACAUGCAGUGCAGACUCUGCGCUUCUUGCUGGAUCUACUGGAAAAAAUACGGAGGUCUGAAAACCCCCACACAGCUAGAAGGAGCUGCUAGGCCUGGUUCUGAGUCAGGGCCUCGUGCUCAUAUGACCCGUCAGGAGGUCCAGGGCCUGUCGCCGUUCACCCGCAAUGAAGGCCGAGCCAAGCUGCUGGCCAAAAACCGCCAGACCUUCAUCCUGCAGACUACCAAGUUGACCCGAGUGGCUCGAAGAGUGUGUGAGGACAUCCUGCAGCCCCGACGUGCAGCACGCAGACCCUAUGCCUCCAUCAACGCCAACGCGGUCAAGGCUGAGUGUAUGAUCAGGCUGCCCAAAGCCACAAAAACCCCUUUAAAGUGUAAAGUGGUGCCUCGACAGUCCCUGGCCGCCAUCGUGAAGGAUCUAGCCAUCUCAGCUCCUCUGAAACUGAAGGCAUCCAGAGGACCCCCAACACCCAUCAACAGAAACCAGGCCAGCCAGCCUCGGGUGGCCCAAAGCCUGCUGGGAAAGCGAGGCUUCGACACUGCCUCAGGGGUCCCCUACCCGACCAACGGGAGGCCGUAUACUUCAGGCAUGAGGACCACCUCCCAGUCAGUCAUCAAGAGGCAGAAGGUCAGCCAGGGAGAAGCUCCGAACCCAGUGGUGUUUGUAGCCACAAAAGACACCAGGGCUCUGAGGAAACAUCUAACCCAGUCCGAGAUGCGCCGGGCAGCAAGGAAACCUCACCUCCUGGUCCGGAUCAAGCUGCCACCGCCGCCCCGCUCCCUGGCCGUGCCCUUGGUCCCCUCCAGCACCAGUGAGCCCAUUGUUCUGGAGGACUGAAGGGGUUUGGGGAGGUGGGGUGGGGGGUGGGGCGGGUCUAAGCUCUGGUCCUGCCAAACAGGCAGCACAGAACGCCAUACAGGACUUUGAUUUCCCUGUUUUCUGUGUCACAUUUCUUUAGUCCUUGUUUCAUUCCCUUGUCAGCUUGUCCAACACACACACACACACACACACACACACCUCAUUUGAAUUCAAGAUGAUUGACAUCAAAGCAAAACCCUGGGAUGUGUGGAGUCUACUGCAGGUCCUGGUUUAUUUUAGCGUUAUUUUAAUACCACUCUUUAUUUUAUCGUAAUUUAAAUGCUGGUAUUUCUCAUCCCAAAACGAUGGUGACAAAGCACACUCUGUUUUAUUCCAUGUUUCUGAUCUGUGUGUAAAUGUUUGCAGAGUAAAAGCGGUAAUGUUUGUGUGGCGGCUGCAGCAGGCCGACGCCACUCAGUUCCAGCCACCGCCGCCAGCUGCCGGGGCAGCGGCGGCGGCGGCUGGACGAGGCGUGGAGAUGUUUCGUUUGAGCCUGCCUCAUCACCAGAGUUCUGUUUGUGCCUAUUCACCUCCUCCGUCACGUGAAAACAGAUGCAAUGUCAAAACACGAAGAUGCACUCAGAGAGCUUCGGCCGAAAAAGGAACUACAUUGUUUAAAGAAAGGGCUCCAAGUCGUCUGUGUCAGGAAGCGUUCAGCUGGAGAGAGAACCGCAGUCCCAUCCUCACCCAAACUGCACCUUUUUCAGGCAAACCUAUACGAUUAGCGUUUAAGUCGUUUGCACCGUAUGUGCACCAAAAGUCCAAAACGAGACCAGAACAAUCAAAAAGGAGUGCUAGUGGUUGAAGCCGCCAGCUGAUAAAAUAAAACAUCCGGUACAUGUGUACACUGUUCUAUUUUAUAAGUACUGUUUGUACCGUUAGAAAAUGGUUUAAAGGAACUGUUAGAGGAUUGAAUAUCUUGUGAAUAUUCAGAGACGUGGUUUCGGUUUUACACAAACCUUUGUCCCAAUGUGGACCCAGUUUUCUUAAAGAGAGAAGUGUGGCAGGUAGCUUACACAAAGUGGUGUAAAGCGGACAUUUUUGUAAUCACAUGUGAAACGUAAUUGUGCUCCACGAGCGUGGGGGUGGCUGUAACAGGCACAAACAGGGGGUGGGGGGGUCGUUUUAAGUAAUGAGUGACAUCCAGAAGAGCCAACGGGAGGGUUUUUGUAAAGGCAUCCACUAACAUUCUACUAUUGAAACUUUUCUCAAGUCUUCUUUGUUUUUUUUUUUGUUUUGUUUUUUUUUUGUCUGUAUCCCCAAAUGCAUCUUGAUAAAAAUAAAGUUUUUCCUUUUCUUUGUGGUCAAAAA